AUUACAUUCAGUAUUUAUUUAACUUUGGACUUAAGAGGAUUUGGCGAAUUAAAAACAAAAGGAUUCAAAAUGGCAGCAAUCUCGAAAAAUGGAUUAAACUUAACUUUGGCUUCAUCACUUAUUGGAAUUGUUUUGUUAUUUAAUUUUGCUUCUGCUCAAAUAAUCAUAUCCUCGACUACAACCACUUUGAAGCCUCCUUCCCAACUUCAGUCCUGUCAAGAGGCUACACCCAAAAAUGUUAAUUUAACCUUGUUCCAUGGAGAGUGGUUUGAAGCAGCUCGUAAAAUCCAAAACAGUACUAAUAAUGAAUCGUGUAAUGCAUGGAAUUUCGAAAACGACACAAACCCUGUGACUUUCACCUCAACUUACAAUACCAAUCCUAAUAAGCUUUGGGCAAACGAAAGUACAGCUGUUCAAAUAAAUGUUACCGAUGGCGUUUACAGUCUUAAUAACACAGAUGGAAGUGUCAAUAUUUACAAAAUUCUCGAAACUGAUUAUGAUACAUUUGCAUUCAUAUGCAGUUAUAAGAACAGUUCUACAAACGAAGCAGAAACAUCCACAACUACAGCAUCGACAACAGAACAAUCAACAACAACAUCAUCAUCAUCAUCGUCAUCAUCAUCAACUUCAGAAUCAACAACUUCAAAUCCUUCUUCUACAUCAUCGCCAAUUCCUGAAACAACACCAACACCAUCAACAUUAGCAAACACAGCUUCUAAUGCUUAUGUUUUGGUUCGACACAGAUCUUUAAACAGUACUGAAUUAGCAAAUCUAACAGCCUUAGCCGGAAGUCAAUAUUCAGACUUUAAAAAUCUAACCACAGUUAUUCAGUCUGAAAAGUGCACAAGUGGUUCUUCAGCCCUGAUGCCAAUGGUUACAAUGAUAUUGGCUGUUAUUUUAGCGACAUUCUAUAAAUCAUAAGAAAAUAAAGUAAAUAAUAUCGUAUUGUACAUAAAUGAUGUUUUAAAAUUAAUAUUUAAAAUAAAAAGAAAUACAAAAGUUGAAA